CUGCCAGUACACUGAUCUGAGAGCAGCCUUUUAAAUUUUUGCAUCGACCAUUUUAAGCUGUCAUGAAUGCGAGGAACUGACUUGAGAACAGGAGGUUGAAUGCCGUGUUUCCUUCACUUUUCACCUUUUUCGUAAUGUAGCAACCGUUUCCUUGUCUCAGCAGCGUUCCUGUCAAGGUCCAGACAUGGCCCAGAGUGUUUUAUAUCACAGGCUGUUUCACAGUAACGGCAAGGUCUUACAAAAAUGUACCGUCAGAUUCACACACAGUGUUUUAGGGAGAGAAACUGGACUGAAAAACACACUGUCACCGCGAAGAGUCCACUGCUGCCUGGUGAACGUGAGUCAGUGGUACGCCUGCAGAACAACACGGUGGCUGAAUCAGCGCUGCUCGAGAACAUUUUCCUCAAUACCUCCACCACCCUCAUCGGGGGGUGAGCCGAAGAAGUCUGGGCCUGUGACGUGGAAAUCUUUAGCAAUAACAUUUGCUAUUGGAGGUGCUUUGCUGGGAGGCAUGAAAUAUUUCAAAAAAGAAAAGGAAGAAAUGAUUGAAAAAGAGAGGAACAAAUCAAUAGGGAGACCAGCGCUGGGUGGCCCGUUCUCGCUCACUGAUCACAACAACAAGCCCGCCAAGAGUGAGGACUUCCUGGGCCAGUGGCUCCUCAUCUAUUUUGGGUUCACUCACUGCCCGGACAUCUGCCCGGAUGAAUUAGAGAAAAUGAUCGAAGUAGUGGAUGAGAUAGAUAAAAUAAAGUCCCUUCCAAACCUGACGCCUCUCCUCAUCACCAUCGAUCCUGACAGAGACACUCCAGAGGCCAUGGCUGCCUAUGUGAAAGAGUUUUCCCCGAAGCUGAUUGGCCUGACGGGGACAACAGCUGAGAUUGAGCAGGUUUCCAGAUCCUACAGAGUGUAUUACAGUCAGGGACCAAAGGACGAAGACAACGACUACAUUGUCGACCACACGAUCAUCAUGUACCUUGUGGGACCAGACGGAGAGUUUGUGGAGUAUUUUGGACAGAACAAGCGGAGUGUGGAGAUCACCAGCUCAAUAGCAGCGCAUAUGAGAAAGUACAACAAGGAGAAGUGAGCUGCAGCCUGUUAGAGCCCACUACGGACUGACAGACUGCCCUCGGGUGUUUCUGUGUAAUCUGGCUGACUUAAAUCAUCACGGCCAUCUCAUAUUUGCAGUCAUUAUUUAUUUUGGAUACGCUAUUAUAUAAAGUUAAAGCGUCUGCGGUAACAUUCCUUACAGAGGGUGGUGUGCAGAAGGAAACAGGCCUGCUGUGCUGUUAUAUUGUUCUCCAUUAUUAUCCACAAUACAUGUCACGCUCCUGCAUUCACAUAAGCUGGAAAACACUGCUAGUGCUUCCUGCUUGGAAAUAAUUGCACACAUGAGCUCCAGCUCCUCAGUAUCUUUGAUUUCUGAUGCAAACAAGAAGCGAGUACCUGAAGACAAAUGUAGGAGACGAAAUGAACCUUUGAUUUUGUGAUAAAAGCCGAAAUACAA